AUGGGAACAUUUACGCUGAAAUAUUUUUUCAAGAAAGCAAUUUGGGAGAAGAAAACUUUGUGGGCGUCAGUAGCUGUAAUGGCAUAUAUCGGUUACUGUUUCGAUCGGCAAGGUAUGUACAAAGCAAGCAUGAUGAAAGGACAAAGCAAAAUGUUUGCCAGUCGAAUUGCUGAAAUACCAGAAGGCCAGGAUAUUUGGAAGUAUUAG